GUCCAUGCUGAUUCGAAGCUCCCAAAACCGCACAAUCACAAAAGCAACGAAGAAGGAAUCCCGCCGCCCUGCGAAUCGCCAUGGAUAGCGCUCUCCUCCACCACGCCGUCGGCGUCUCUCCCAAUCCCAAGCUCAAGCGCCCCUGCUACCCCAACCGCAUCUCCACCCCGACCUCCGAUCCCAAUCAAUUCGACGCGCUGCUGGAAUCGUUCCUCGAUUUCCACGAUUCAUCAGCGAUCGCUCUCGACCUCGCCAUCGAUCGCAUAAUCGAGUCCCUCCCCCACGAUUCCGACAAGAAUGACGUCAUCCACAGCGCGCUCCGUCUCGGCUCCGCACUCACUGAAGCGGCCAAGCGAUCCGCUAGGAGGCGCGCUUCCAUGCACAACGCCGUCGUUUGGCCUCUGCCGUCCGAUCUCACUAUUAAGGUAUUCUCUUUGCUCGAUACACAGAGUGUAUGUCAUGCAGCUGCUACGUGCUCCUUCUUCAAUAAGUGUGCUGCUGAUCCAUUGUGCUAUUCCAAUAUUAACUUAACCACAAUUGUUCCUAGGGUGAAUAACAUAGUAGUUUCCACAAUGAUUCAACGAGCUGGAAAAGUACUGCGGUCCCUUAAGCUUGGGAUUAUCCCUAGCCCACCUGUUGCAUCACUAGGUUCGUCUCAAGCACUCGUUUAUUCUAUGAGAAAUUCCUCAGAUACAUCGGGUUUUUCAUGGAACGAUAAAAAGUCGAGACAGGGAAAAGAGACAUCUGUACUUACUAGAUCUUGCUUGGCUCCAUUGAUUGGUGAUGGUGGUACUGCAGGGGCACUUUUGAAAAGGUUACACCUUUAUAACAUAGAAAGAAUGGACAACACAGCAUUUGGAGCUGCUAUAUCAGCUUGCCCUGCUUUGCUUGAUCUAGAAGUUGUUGGCCUACAUGUCGAGCUGAGGCAAACCCUGGAGUCAGUGAGUAGGUCUUGUCCCCUAAUAGAGCGUCUAAUUUUGGAAUCCUCGAAAACAGGUAGAGAUGACAGCUUAAAAUUACCGACGUGCAAUGAUCUAGUGAACAAUUGCCCAUAUUUAUCCUCAUUUGCACUUCGAGGGUUUAAAUUGCAUGACCCUAAAGUCCGGGUUCUUGUCAAGGGAUUGCGUAAUUUGAAGUUUGUUGACUUUUCAACAUCCUAUGCCAUCACUGGUGAAUUUCUAAGAAAUCUAGGUGGCAGUGUAGGUGGAAGUUUGCUGGAAGUUUUGAUUUUACGGGAUUGUAUGCAUUUGAGAGAAGCAGAAGUUUCCAGGUUGCUUUCGGCAAUUCUUGCAGGACGGUUCAAGCUUCUUAAGCACCUUGAUGUAUCCAAUCGAGAGGGGCUGGCAUCUGAUGAUGACUGGUAUCAGAGAUGUUACACCCCAAGUUUCAUGUCGUUACGUGAGUUAUUGGAAGAAAGGCCCAAUCUAAGGGUGCUUGCAGAUUUUCCUGCUGAAGGAAGUUUUGUGGAAGAGCCAGUGACCAGCAGUGAUGUCAACGUGGAUACCAACUCACCCUCUGUGGCGAGCAGUCAUACUUCUGGCGAAUACGUAUUCACUAGCUCAUCAGAGAGCAGUUAUAAUAGCGACCAAAGUAGUGGUAAUGAGGAUUACCCAAAUGCCGGCUUUCCAGUUCAUGAAGAGAGUUCAGAUGAGGUGGAUGACUUAUAGAGAGAUAGAGAGAUGUCAACAUCUCGGUCCAGUGGAACCUGCAAUAUAACUGGUGUCCUGCUGGUGCCCCUGCACGGAAAGCAAAUUCUAAUGUCCGUUCCAAUAUCAGCCUUCUUUGCAUGGGCAGUUACAGAUGCGACUUAGUGAAAAUCAGUGUGAUUCUUAUUGCAUUAACAUGAGUAAAUUUCAUUUUCUGAGCGUUGGAUAUGCUGAAAUGGAGAUCAGGUGACCUUAGCAAUCCAUUGUUGACAUUAGCAUUGGAGCUGCAUAGAUUGUAAUUGCUUUUUUUGGUCACUGGUUGGCGUAUACAACAAUCACAUCCUUUCUCAAACCAUUCUGGCAAUUGCAUUACUGUUUUGGUGGACUCUUAAUAGUUAGCUCUCAGUGAUGCAGGUUACAAGGGUUAUUUUUAAUUUGAGUCUGCAGAAACAAGCAUAUGAGUUAUUACAUUAAGUAGGAAUUGAUUUGGGAGAGGCCAAACCUCGGGGUUCCUGGCUGCAUAUCCGAGGGAUCGGUCCAAUUCAUCCAGCAUUAGCAUGGGAGUACUUCCAUUAGACCAUUAAUAUAAAUUUGUAAUUUGUUAGAGAUCAGUGGAUCUGUUAACUGUUUGUUCUUAUUGACAUGUCGACUGGACAUCGUUCGUCUGUGUUUAUCUUGGACGUUGCUUUUUCCCAUACUUUUGCUGGAUAUAUACGUUAUUUCCAUCUUCUAAA